AGACAGUUUUCAAACUAACUAAAUAGUGCCGAUGGGGGCGUAAACACCUACAUUAAAAUUGAAGGUGUUGAGAAAAGCAAACACGAGGAAAUUAAGUUUAUGAGAAUUCUCGUGAUAUUCAUCUGUAUAUCUAUCUCUCUUCUUCGCGUCCCCAGCAUGAUCAUUCCAAGCGUGGCUGGUCUGCCCAUCCACUUCGACGUCAACGGUACCGGCACUGUGGACCUGGUUCUAAGUGGCAAGAUGGACCUCAGGAAGCUGGGAUCCUCUCCUCGUUCUCUGGACAUCGAUGGUGAAGUUCGCCCAAGUGCCGCUAUUGAAAUCACCGGAACCAUGUUUGUGGACGCAAUGGUCACCAAGACUGGACUGCGCAUGCGUAACACUCUGCAUACCAGCACUGCCCUCAAGGGACGUGUACAACUGGAGAGAGGCCAGCUGCUCAACAUGGAGUUUGAGACCCCCCAGGACAAGAUGGAAAUCUUCAGCGCCGGGUCAAAGUUCUUCAUCAUCCACAACGACGUGGAAAAAGAGCAGGCUAUGAUGGCCGACAACCGUCAGGAGUACAAAGUGUGUUCUGGUGGUCAACUGGCUACUAUUUUCGGAAUGGAGAUGUGCGGAGAACUGAGCUUCCCCAACGCUUCCAUGGCAACCACAGGCCCGUACUUCCCCCUGACUGGACCCACCUCCGGAAGCCUGACACUGUACAAGAAGGAUUCUCACAAGAGUUACAAGAUUUUUGUCAAACGUGUUGAGAACAAGAAAGCCAGCAUUGCCCAAAUUUCACUGAACACACCUGGCUCCAAGACCGACCGCGCUAUUUUGAUGGAGGUCAACGUCAACUACCCCAAGCAGACACUGGACGCCAUUAUGAGGACCCCAUGGAAAAAGGGUGCUGUCAGGGCUGUGACCAUCAACAAAGACAACCUGAAGAGCUUCACCGGAAGUGUCGUCAUCGAUGACGAAGACACGUACGCCUUCACCAGCGAGGUCAAGGUUGAUAAGACCAAGAACCAACUCCAGCUGAGCCCAGUGAUCGAGGUGAGACGUGUCGGAGCUGACAACGUUCAGGUGACUGGUUACUUGACCUUCAUGACCCCAUUCAAGUCCGCCGACAUCGACCUGUCUCUGUCCGGACUCAGCAAGAUGCCUUACAACGUCAAGAGUGAGUAA